AAUUUGUUUUAAAGCAAAGAAAACAGAGCCAAAAAAUAACCACCGCGACAAGACCGUGAAGAUCGAAAUCUCCGGUACCGUGAAGAUCGAAAUCUCCGGUUGAACUCCAAAUGGAAUCCUCUUACUUUUCGUUUUCCGAUUCAGAUUUCUCGACGGAAUCUUCAUUCGGAUCAGUUGAAUCAUCGUUCUCAUGGAGUGAAUUUUUCUCAAUCCACAGUGCCCUAGAAAACUCAACCGGAGUCGAAGAAUUUCUCGGGAAUCAAAAAUCGGAAUCGGAAUCGAAAAUCGUAGUGAAAGAAGAAAUCGAAGUGAAUUCGAUUGAUUUUAAGGAGGAGAAACAGAGGAAGACGACAGAGAAGAAUUACAGGGGAGUGAGACGGCGGCCAUGGGGGAAAUACGCGGCGGAGAUUAGGGAUUCAACGAGACAUGGAGUUAGGGUUUGGCUUGGGACUUUUGAUAGCGCUGAAGCUGCUGCUUUAGCUUAUGAUCAAGCAGCAUUUUCGAUGAGAGGAACAAUGGCCGUGUUGAACUUUCCGGUGGAAAUGGUGAGGGAAUCGUUACAGGAUAUUAAGUAUCAAUUGGAAGAAGGAUGUUCGCCGGUUGUAGCCUUGAAGAAGAAACACUCAAUGAGAAGGAAGUCGGUGGCGGCGGCGGCGACGGCGGCGGUGGAGAAGAAGAAGAUGAAGAAAAAGAACAAUGUGGUGAUUUUGGAAGAUUUGGGAACAGAGUAUUUGGAGGAACUUUUGAUGUUAAGUUCAUGUGAGAGUAUAAAUCCUUUUUAAUGUAUUUUUUUUCCAUGAAUUUGUGAGCUUUACCAUAGAGAGAGAGAGAGAGAGAGAGAGAAAAAAUGUAAAUAUAUCCCUUUUAUUUUUUAUUUUCAACCAUUUUCAUUUA